AUGAAAUUAGGUCAGUGGAGCUAUAACCUACCCAAAAACCCUAUAGCCCAGAGCAUAAAAAGAGUAACUUGGUUUGAUUCUACUAGCAUUGAGAUCUCGAUCAGACUUGUUAAACCCAACCCGCGAAACCCGCGAAACCCGCCCCGACCCGCCAAGGAUUGGGUUGGAUAUGGGACGUGCUCGAGCUCACAGCAGGAUAAGGACAAAGCUGCAGAAGAGAAUAGCAGGAGUAGAGGAAGCCAUGAAUACCGAAACGCGACUGCUGAGGGUGUUACUGAGGAUGUGCUCAAAAUCACAGCAGUUAAUGCCGCGCAGGAAAUGAGAGAAAUGAAAAGAAGUGACAUCGAUGCUUAUGGCGCACCUUGGGGAUCGUUUUCAGUAGACCCCUUUCGGUCUGCAAGCAUGCUUCCGCCUCCUGAUAAACUGGACGGCAAACCAAACUCUGCAUUUCGCUGGGGUUGA